AUGGAUACGGACGUGUGUCAAACGUUACUUCCUUUAAGGAACUCGAUUUCCUAUUCGGACAAGGGUAUAACCUAUCAAUUUACAGAGGAUAGUGAUUACUGUACUGGUGUAAGUUGUGAUAAUGAUACCGAUAAAGUUAAUGCUAGAUGUUUAUAUAUUUUUAAGACAUUCUUUAAGGAUGAGUCUACGUUUCAAAAGGAUGCAAAAGGAAACAUCUAUAUUGUUCAAUACAUUUUGAUAUGGUUAAGAUAUAUAUUAAACCUUACCAAAACUGAAGAAAACGGCAGUAUAGACUCUUUUUAUACAAAAUAUAUAGAAAAUGGCGAGAGCUAUAAAAAGAAAAUAAACGAUGUUACUACUUAUAAAAAUUAUAAGGAUCUUAUAGAUAGAAAUAAUUAUAUUUUAACUAUGGAUAUGAGCAUUAUAUCUAAAUUAUAUGAUGCAUUUAAUACAUUAUGUGGCAUAUAUAAUGAUCUUGAUACAAAAAACUCAAAUUGCAUGCAACAUUACGAAAAAGCUCGUCAAUUUGUUGAAACAUAUAAAGAAAUUAUCAUAGAUCAUAACAUUGGUGAAAAUAUCCGCUAUUUUUAUGUAUUGAUUAAUUUAUUAACUGAUUAUGACAAUUUAAAAAAAAAAUGUGAUAUUUUCCCACCCACUCCAGAUAUAACAAAAAUAAUUUCUGAAGCUACAUCAAGUUCGAUAGCAAGCAAAUUAAUUCCAAUUUUAUCGAUAUUAGUUGCAAUACCAAUUUUCUUGGGAAUUGCUUAUAAGUAUUCGUUAUUUGGAUUUCGGAAACGAUUUCAAAAACAAAAAUUAAGAGAAAAAAUAUAA